AUCUGGUUACUUCGGACAAAGUUUUAGCUAUGAAUACGUGUAAUAAAUCUGUUAUAGUAGAAGAUGAUUCUUCAUCUACUAAUAGUGAUGUGGAGUUAGUGCAUAAGAAUGAUGUUGAGACGGCCCAGAAAGCUGGCCAAACUAAUUUUGAAGCAAACUUUGGUCGUAUGUCAGUGGACAUGCUAAAGUUUUUUUGUCAUGAAUGGGGUGUUUCUGAGUCAGGUUCGAAGCAAGAUUUAGUGAGCCGUUUAGUUAAUGAAAGUAGAAAGAGGUACGUUUUGACGGAUUCGGAUAUCUCUCUUAAGGGGAAAGUUGUUGACGUUGAUAAUGUUGCGAAGGAGGUUUCUGGUGAAGGCA